AUUGUCGGGCUUCACUGGGCUCGUUUAUCCCGAGCCGGGCCGUUGCCCACCUAUAGCCGAUGCAUCUCUCCAGCUCUUCUUCGCCGCAUUCGCCUGAGUUCUUCCUUGUUGACUUGGUUGACUUCUUUCAUGACUUGCUUCUUCUUCUUCUUCCCGCGUGCGACUUUUCUUUCCCUCCCUAAAACGCCGCCCAAACCAUCCAAAACAACGAACCGCCUCCCCGACAAUAAUAAAAGUUGAUUUUUUUUUUGGGUGGAAGAGGUUCGCCGCCGCCGCCGUCGUCGUCCUCAUCUCCGAUGCCAUUACCCCCGCGCGCUCGUCCUCCUCGUCGCGACCCGCCGCCGUGAGAUGCCGUCGUGGUGGAAGCGCUCCAAGUCCGCCUUCCACCCCUCCCCCACCACCGCCCACUCCUCCGCGCCGGCCUCCCCCGCGCGGGCGUCCACCUCGCGGCGCCGCGACGAGGACUCCGCCGCCUCCGCCGGGGCCGGGGCCGGGGACCCCUUCGUCCUCCGCCGCCGCCAGCUCACGCGCCAGCGGAAGCUGCGCCACGUCGAUGACAUCGACGCGCUGCUCGCCGACCUCGGCAUCGACGUCGCAUCCCCCUCCUCGCCGCCGCCGCCGCACUCCAGGGGCCGCGCCUCCGCGUCCGAUGCCAGGUCCGACAACGCCGCCGAGGGGGUCGGGGGGGUGGCCCCGCCGCCGAGGUCCGCGUCCUCGCCCGUGCUGCACCCCUUGCCGCUGCCGUCGCCGAGGCGGCGCCCUGCCGAGCUGGACACGCCCGAGCCGGCGGCAGAAGCCAGCAAUGAGAGGCCGUCCUUGCAAAUACCCAGGGUGACGGGUCAGAUUGUGCAAAAGUUUCCUGAGCUUAAUGAUUUAUGUCCAAAUGGUACAAAGCGGCCAGCCACUAGUCACCACAGAAAGGCGUUCCGUGAUAAGUUCCAGGAUAAGAGUUUGGCUGAAAACACAAACUUCCGGUUGAACAUUCCUGCUAAAAGUGCUCCAAGCAGUGGAUUUUCAAGUCCUGUAUGCAGCCCUCGGAGACUGAGCAAUGCUGACGUCUCAUCUGCCGUGGCAUCUGCUCAAGGUCCCCAAGUGUGGUCAGCUCCAUCUAUCCGCACUAUGGAUUUUCUGGGAGCUUCAUCUCCUACAGGGGUUCCAGAGCAAUCUCGUUACUCUUGUGCACUGAGAAGUCCUAUUUUUAUGCCAAGGAAUACCAGUGCCCCUCCAUCACCUAUGCACAACCCAAAAUUAUUCCCAGACAACCAAAUUUUGCGUACUGAAGGCAAUGGGAGUGUCAGUUUCCAUCCAUUGCCACUUCCUCCUAGUGCUAUAAGCCCAAUGCAAACAGCUUUCAGCAACCAGCGUGCUCCAAAAGUUGAAAUGGCUUCAGUGGCUUGUGAAUGGCAAAAAGGAAAACUUCUAGGUAGCGGUACAUUUGGCUGCGUAUAUGAAGCUACUAAUCGGAACACUGGAGCUCUUUGUGCGAUGAAAGAGGUCAACAUAAUUCCUGAUGAUGCUAAAUCUGCAGAGUCAUUGAAGCAAUUAGAGCAGGAAAUAAAGUUUCUAAGCCAAUUUAAGCAUGAAAACAUUGUUCAAUAUUAUGGCAGUGACACUAUUGAAGACCGCUUCUACAUUUACCUGGAAUAUGUUCAUCCUGGUUCAAUCAAUAAGUAUGUCAAACAACAUUAUGGAGCAAUAACAGAAUCAGUCGUCCGCAACUUCACCCGCCAUAUUCUCAGAGGUCUAGCAUUUUUGCAUGGCCAAAAGAUUAUGCAUAGGGAUAUCAAAGGAGCAAAUCUGCUAGUUGAUAUUAAUGGUGUAGUGAAAUUGGCUGACUUUGGGAUGGCUACGCAUUUAAGUACUGCAGCCCCAAAUCUUUCAUUGAAGGGAACACCAUAUUGGAUGGCUCCAGAGAUGGUUCAGGCUACACUAUCUAAAGAUGUAGGCUAUGAUCUUGCUGUUGAUAUCUGGAGUCUUGGUUGCACCAUCAUUGAGAUGUUUGAUGGAAAACCUCCUUGGAGUGAUCUUGAAGGGCCUGCUGCAAUGUUUAAGGUUUUGCAUAAAGACCCACCGAUUCCUGAAAAUUUAUCCCAUGAGGGACAAGAUUUUCUGCAAUGCUGCUUCAAGAGGAAUGCAGCGGAGAGGCCAGCUGCAAUCGAGUUGUUGGACCAUCCAUUUAUCCGGAAUUCAAGCCACUACAGCAAACAUGGUUCCAUAUAUGCCUUUGCGGGAAUUAAAGUCAAUGAUAAUGGAUAUGGAUUCCGAGACAAAACAUCCUCAAGGAGUGAUCCAGGUGGGAAAACAAAAAAUACCAUAGGUGAGACAAACAAUGUUAGGCCUUUCGAGUCGUCAGCUUUUCGAUUGACUCCGCUAACAAUGCAGGACGUCACCCCUAAUUUUCCGCCUCAGCCUUUAGGUUUAGCCUCCAAUCCUAGUUCUUUCGCCAUCUUGACGAACCCCAUGCAUUUUCCGAUUGCAAAUCCUCAGCCUAGUCCACUGCCAAGGCCUAAUGGGAGAGGUUCUGUUCUAAACAUAUAAGGUGUGGCAUGCAAUGGGGGAACACCGCUUAUAUCUGGGAUCUUGUUCAGGUGCACAGUUCUUUUGCACAAUACAUCAAAUGAAGGCCUGAUGAACUCGCCUUGUAAAAUGAUACCAGAGAAAGAAUGGAAAGCUUUAAGAUGGAAAAAAACCUCGUGCAGCUAGGAUUCUAAGGAUCAGCGGCGUGUGAUAACAGUGGAAGGAAUACUGCUUCCCUGAAGAUCCCUAUUUGCACUAACAGACAGGUGAUGAAAGUCAUCAAAGUUUUGCGGCAGCCAUCUCGACUUCCAACAAUUUGUGUAGCAGUUGCAUCAUAUGAAUUUGUAUAGAUAUUUAUGGCGUUCUUGUGAAUAGUGGUGAUGACAUGUCUGCUAGCCUGUCAAGACUCACAGUAUGCUGACAAUUAAUGCUGCUGAAUGAGGGAGAUCCAUGAAAGCAUGGGUGAUCUCUGUUUUGGGAAUGUUGGUGGCAUUUUGUGUGUAACAUACGAUUAUAGGAUUAGCUGUAGAUAAAGCUGAAAUUAUCUCUUCAACAAGUAGGAAUCAGGUGUAGCUCUAUGUUGCUAUUGCUGUUGCCACUAAAUAAUCUUUUGUUGUAUUAUUCAUUAUUUAUUUGGCCAAAAUAAUAUCUCAA